AUGCAUCCUCUCUUGAUUAUCUCUCAUUCUGAUGUUUUGUCUUCUGCCCAGCAGAUCAGAAUGGGAAACACUGACAGCCAGUACAGCAGCUUUAACGUCCCUGGGAAACCCAAACCCUGCUCUCUAAAGUUCCACUCCACUAAAGAGGAGGCCCUGUCCCCCCAUAGCUGGUGGAGGGGCAGCGAGGGGAGCAGUCAGGGAUACAGAACCAGAGGCAAGGGAGGGAGGGGCUGCCUGCCCCAGCACAAGAUCACUCACAACCAGCCUUAUGGCUCUUCGCAACACUAUGAGCACCACAUCACUAAGGAGGGCAGGGAACUGGGGGGGUCCCCGGGAGCCAAGCUGAAGCAUAACUCUUCACAGAGGUGUGGCAGAGGGGACGGUUCCCAAGUGACCAGGAAAAAUGUCUGUCAUACCGGUUACAGUUACCUGGAGAGUAGUGGGGAGAGUGUUAACAGUCUCGGGGCUAACGGACAGCACACCCCCGAAAGGACUUCUCCGUGUGAGCACGGGGGGCCCCUAGAGAGCCGCAGCAGCCCCAAGGUGCUCCUCAGUAAGGACGGCAGCAUGCGUGUUGAGUUCACCAACGGCAGGCGGAUGUCACUGGAGCCCCAGGGUCUGUCAGGCCACAGCCACCCUGUGGAAGCCGCCCCAGAGGCCUCUCUGACUAGGACCAGCAAGGGCAGCUCCCUGAGCUCCGAGGGCUCCUGGUACGACUCUCCCUGGGGGAACGCCACGGAGCUCAACGACAAUGUAUUCACCUGUAGUCAGACCGUAGCGGGGGACAACAGCAGCGGCUACACCACCUACUCCUCCACGCGCACCGAGGAGACUGGCUGCGGCUACAACACCUUCUCGUCCGCCCGCACUGAGGACAUCUCCCCGGGGUUCAAUCCCAGCCUCCUCUUCCAGACUGUGGAUAGUAACGGUCAAUAUACAAGCCGAGGGUUUAACAGCAACGGGUAUAACACUUGCUCUUCGGGCCGCACUGAGGACAGUGGUAUCGGGGACUCCAUGAUCCUUCACCCGGAGCAGAGUCAGUUUAGCCUCAUGUCCCCUCCCGUGUCCCUGUCUGACCUCUACUCUAACCCCAGCGUGGCGGCUGUGUUCCCCACUACUCAGUUCCAGGACGUUCCCCAGCAACGGGGGUCGCUGGCUUCGGUACUGACCCUGGACGCGGUCAUCCAGGAGGAGAGUUCGGGGUUGUACGACCAGCGCUACUCCUCCUCUCACAGUCACACGCUGCCAUGCAGGAGGGUCGCCGCCACGGCGGCCACCGAGCCCUCCGCCAUCGUGGUCGGUAACAGCAGGAAGGACCACCUGAAGAGCCGCAUCAGGCGCCUCAGCGACUGGACGGGAAGUCUGAGCAGGAAGAAAAGAAGACUACAGGUGAGGGAAGAGGGGAAGAAAGAGGGGAUGGGAGGAGGGAAGGGUACACAGUGAAGGGGGGAAGACUGGGCAUGUAGUGUAGACUCUUUAUCAGAUGACGUGUCCCCAGUUGUCUAGGAGAUGAGAUAAGACUGCUCGCUGAGUCUGUGUGAUGGUAAUCUCAUUGUUUUGGUCAACGUGAUUGGCUGAUGGCGGUUGGCUCUUAAAUCCAGUCUGACGAUGCAGAUCAUUGCAGUGCCACAUGAAUGUCUCUCUGUCACACGUCAUCCUAUGGCUCUUUAAUACCCUCAGUUUACAUCUGACAGACUGGAUCUUUGGAGAUACAUGUGUAGCUUGUUCUUUAAACAAAAUCAAACCAUUGAGAUAAACACUACUAUGAAAGGAAAAAACACCACAAAAGAACUUAUUCUAACAAUAGUUACCCGCUGGAACAUUUUCAGAACCUUAGAUAAUUUUGACAGAUAUUAUGUAAGACUAUAGGCCAGUCUCCCUAAGGCUUUGUGUAGAAUUAGAUAAUAUUUACAUGGGAAAGAUUUCAAAGAUCGAUGUUGUCGGUUCAGAAAGGAAACCUUCCCCGCUCCUUUUGUCGCUGGAGAAUAUUACAUUGGUAUUUCCUUACUUUAACAGAACGUUUCCUAAAAGUUCAAACAUGGUUACAUUUAAUUUCAAUUUUGGUAACGUUCUCCAACUGGUUUGACAUUGGGAAUUUUCUAAAAUAGUUCAGAGAACGUUAAGAAAAAACGUUAUUCUGUGGGAAUUUCAGUUCAAUCGAAUACAGGCUUAACUGAAUGGACAACAAAGACAGAAUGCAAUAUGGAAUUUUUAUUAAAUAAAUUGGGGUAGGUCUCGUCUCCGGGAAAUGCUCCACGGAACCAGAUGUGGAUGACAGGUAACCCUUUGCUGGGACAGCUGGCAUCGACUAAUUCCAUGGACAGAACACAGAAGAUCAUGGUUUGAAUCUCACUGACGCUGUGCCACAAUAAAAAAUAAAUGUGUUUGCAUGAUUAAUACAUUUUUACAUUUACAUUUUAGUCAUUUAGCAGACGCUCUUAUCCAGAGCGACUUACAGUUAGUGAGUGCAUACAUUAUUUUUUUUUCAUACUGGCCCCCCGUGGGAAUACCUAAGCAAAUUAAUUUCCAUGUGCUCUAUCUGUGUUUAGAGUUCAAAACAGUUAACCUAAGCUAGAAGUGUCUUAUUGAAACAUGUUCUCAAAAAAUAAAUUAUAAUGUCCAUAUCACAGAAUGUUCAGUUUUACCGGUCAGGAAACUUAUUGUUUCGUUCCCAGAACCAAUGGGAAACCAAAAACGUACGUUCCCACAACUUCCAAUGAACCAAAUGUGCUAGCUGGGUAGGCUCCUGCUCCUAUGAGCGGUUCCGGCUAGCACAAGCCAAGGCCAAGUCGCAAAAAUGUUUGCUCUAGAUUGGUCUGUAUAAUAUCCAUGUCUUCUGUUACCCGUACCAGCAACAUUCCAGGGUAUUAUUGUAUUAUAUAAUGUUAGAGUAUCAUAUUAGAGUAUCUCACAAUACAUCUCAUAUUAUGUUCUAAUACAAAUAGAAAAUCAUUACAUCCUGUCCAGGAAAUGGUAAAUCGAGAAAUACAUGAGAAUGUUGCUCUUCUGUGUCCCUGAUAUUGCGAUAUUGUUAGAUGAUCGUUCAACUUUAAUGGUCUUUUUAAGGUCUAGCUAUAUAUUCAUACUUUUUUUCCUCUCCAACCAUCCUGCUCUGUCUCUCUCUCCCUAGGAGCCUUAUGGUAGCGAGACCAGUGAGGGCUUUAGCAGUGGAGUGGACCCUGGGUUAGGUAACUCUAGCUCCCAGUUAACUGGUCCACUAUGGAAUCCCCUCCACACCCAGACCUACACCCACACCAAGGGCCAACAGUGCCACAGUGACGCUCUGCGCCAGAACAUCUACGAGAACUUCAUGCAGGAGCUGGAGACAGGACGCUACAGUGGGCCGGAGCGGACUGAGCCCUCGGAGGAGGGAGAGGAGGAGGAGAUGGGGGGAGGGGUGGGAAUAGGAGAGGGAGAGCAGGGGGGGAGCAGUGGCAGUGGCUCCCUGGGUUCCCUGGAGCAGCUGGACCUGCUGUUUGAGAAGGAGCAGGGGGUGGUGCGCAGGGCCGGCUGGCUCUCCUUCAAGCCCAUCCUCACCCUGCACAAGGACAGGAAGCUGGAGCUGGUGGCCCGUAGGAAGUGGAGGCAAUACUGGGUCACACUCAAAGGUAGGGCUCCCUCCUCCUUCCACCUGCACUCGCUGGAAAUAACCUGUGCUACAUACAGACAAUAGGUGUGCAUCCCAAAUGGCACCCUAUUCCCUAUAUAGUGCACUUCUUUUGACCAGAACCCGAGUGCACUAUAAAGGGAAUAGGGUGCCAUUUUUAGGGUGCCAUUUGGGAUGCAGUUUAGGUCCACCUUGGGAAAGAAGUCUUCUGACCAUAAUGGGACAACCUAGUUAAAUAAAGGUUAACAGAAUAGCAUUUGCUACUACAUGCAUUUUGUUUGAUAUACAUUGCAUUCGGAAAGUAUUCAGACCCCUUGACUUUUACCACAUUUUGUUAUGUUACAGCCUUAUUCUAAAAUGGAUUAAAAAAAAAAAAAUCAUCAUCAAUCUACACACAAUACCCCAUAAUGACAAAGCAAAAACAGGUUUUUAGAAAUGUUUGCACAUUUCAAAGAAAAAUAAUAAUAAACUGAAAUAUUUAAUUUACAUAAGUAUUCAGACCCUUUACUCAGUACUUUGUUGAAGCACCUUUGGCAGCGAUUACAGCCUCGAGUCUUCUUGGGUAUAACGCUACAAGCUUGGCACACCUGUAUUUGGGGAGUUUCUCCCAUUUCUUCUCUGCAUAUCCUCUCAAGCUCUGUCAGGUUGGAUGGGGAACGUCGCUGCACAGCUAUUUUCAGGUCUCUCCAGAGAUGUUCGAUCGGGUUCAAGUCCGGGCUCUGGCUGAGCCACUCAAGGACAUUCAGAGACUUGUCCCAAAGCCACUCCUGUGUUGUCUUGGCUGUGUGCUUAGGGUCGUUGUCCUGUUGGAAGGUGAACCUUCAUCCCAGUCUGAGGUCCUGAGCGCUCUGGAGCAGGUUUUCAUCAAGGAUCUCUCUGUACUUUGCUCCGUUCAUCUUUCCCUCGAUCCUGACUAGUCUCCCAGUCCCUGCCGCUGAAAAACAUCCCCACAGCAUGAUGCUGCCACCACCAUGCUUCACUGUAGGGAUGGUGCCAGGUUUCCUCCAGACGUCACGCUUGGCAUUCAGGCCAAAGAGUUCAAUCUUGGUUUCAGCAGACCAGAGAAUCUUGUUUCUCAUGGUCUGAGAGUCCUUUAGGUGCCUUUUGGCAAGCUCCAAACGGGCUGUCAUGUGCCUUUUACUGAGGAGUGACAUCCGCCUGGCCACUCUACCAUAAAGGCCUAAUUGGUGGAGUGCUGCAGAGAGCGUUGUCCUUCUGGAAGGUUCUCCCAUCUCCACAGAGGAACUCUGGGGCUCUGUCAGAGGGACCAUUGGGUUCUUGGUCACCUUCCUGACCAAGGCCCUUCUCCCCCGAUUGCUCAGUUUGGCCGGGCGGCUAGCUCUAGGAAAAGUCUUCGUGGUUCCAAACUUCUUCCAUUUAAGAAUGAUGGAGGUCACUGUGUUCUUGGGGACCUUCAAUGCUGCAGACAUUUUUUGGUACCCUUCCCCAGAUCUGUGCCUCGACGCAAUCGUGUCUCUGAGCUCUACGGACAAUUCCUUCGACCCCAUGGCUUGGUUUUUGCUCUGACAUGCACUGUCAACUGUGGGACCUUAUAUAGACAGGUAUGUGCCUUUCCAAGGUAUGUCCAAUCAAUUUAAUUUACCACAGGUGGACUGCAAUCAAGUUGUAGAAACAUCUCAAGGAUGAUCACUGGAAGCAGGAUGCAUAGCAAAGGGUCGGAAUACUUAUGUAAAUAAGGUAUUUCUGUUGUUUAUUUUUAAUAAAUAAAAACCUGUUUUCGCUUUGUCAUUGUGAGGUAUUGUGUGUAGAUUGAUGAGGAUUUUUAUUUAUUUCAUCCAUUUUAGAACAAGGCUGUAACAAAAAAAAAAGGUGGAAAAAGUCACGGGGUCUGAAUACUUUCCGAAUGCACUAUGUUCGGUAGGUAUUCCCCUUACAAGGCUAUUGUUGACAUUGAGUCAUUGUGUCAUAAUAUGGUUCUAGAGCUGUGUCUUAGAUAAAGCCUCCUCUCCUCCCUGGUGCAUACAGGGUGUACCCUCCUGUUCUAUGAGACCUAUGGGAAGAGCAGCUGUCCCGAGCAGGAGCUGUCUCCGCGCUACGCCCUGCUGGCCGAGGACAGCAUUGUCCAGGCCGUCCCCGAACACCCCAAGAAGGAGAACGUCUUCUGCCUGAGCAACGCCUAUGGAGACGUCUAUCUGUUCCAGGUACGUUCUACCCUAGGCUCGCACACCAGGAUUCUAAAGCUCGGAAGUAUAGUAUAUGCCUGUGCAAUAGCCUGGGGACGAGGUUAGUUCUACACAGACUGUUGUGCCGUCAACAGAGGCACCUGUCAUGGAGGCCCUCAUUCACCAUUGUUAUUUGAGAUCUGCAGUACAUCGUCAUUUUUGAUGCAGUCGUUACAAAUUGGACAUUGCAAUACCAUGAGCUUGUUUCUUUCUCUUAGAGCGCAGUGUGAAUGUAAGAGGGAACAUUUUGGGGUUUUCUGCUAUAUGCCCUGCUCCUGCCUCAUGGACCCCUUGUGAUGGAGUUGUGGUUUCAACUCAGUCUGUUUCAGUCUGUUGCAUUCUUUUUAGAACGGUUGUAUAUUUUAACAACUCCAUAUGCUAUGGGACAACCACAAGUAUGGACUGGGCUGUCGUCUGCUUUUUAGGAUGGAAUGUGCUGCUGUUCUGGUUGGUAAUGACUAUAUUGGUGUUGGUUGUGUCCUGUCUGGAUGUAUUGACAGCUUUAGAGCUCCAUUGUUAUUUGUUCUAUAAGGGAGUGAAAUGGUAGGGUUGGGAAAAACGUCCCUACUGGCUGGUCUGAGUAGACUAGUUGGGUAUAGGAGCGUCCUAAAUGGCAUCCUAUUCCCUAUAUAGUGGCCUAUGGGCCCUGGUCAAAAGUAGUGCACUGUGUAGGGAAUAGGGUGCCAUUUGGCAUGCAUCCUGUGUGUCUGUUUGGCAAUAGGGUUGUUGACCUCUUUUUCCACAUUUGAGAGGGAAAGUGUUGUCUCUUUAAUGUUCUCCGCACUCAGUUUUACGAGUGUUGAAAACACCUUCUUAUUCCCAGAGAGUAACGUUCAUUUGAUUCAGUCACCAAGUGUUUACUAGACACACAAAUCACACUUCAGGGCAGUAUCUACCCAACGCACCAUGGCAACGAGGGGGUAACUGAGGGGAGUGAAGCUUUGUAGCAUAGUCAUGAAUGUGUCAAAGAGCUUUUGUCUGGCACUUAAAGAUCCCGGCGUCUGGGUAGAGAGAAAGAAAGACGGGUAAUGAGAGCCAUGUUCUCCUGCCCUUGCCCUGGCCUGGCACUGUGUCACCUGGCCCCAUGUUCCCCCGCCCUACCAUGGCACUGUGUCACCUGGCCCCAUGUUCCCCCGCCCUACCAUGGCACUGUGUCACCUGGCCCCAUGUUCCCCCGCCCUACCAUAGCACUGUGUCACCUGGCCCCAUGUUCCCCCCGCCCUACCAUAGCACUGUGUCACCUGGCCCCAUGUUCCCCCGCCCUACCAUGGCACUGUGUCACCUGGCCCCAUGUUCCCCCGCCCUACCAUAGCACUGUGUCACCUGGCCCCAUGUUCCCCCGCCCUACCAUAGCACUGUGUCACCUGGCCCCAUGUUCCCCCGCCCUACCAUAGCACUGUGUCACCUGGCCCCAUGUUCCCCCGCCCUACCAUAGCACUGUGUCACCUGGCCCCAUGUUCCCCCGCCCUACCAUAGCACUGUGUCACCUGGCCCCAUGUUCCCCCGCCCUACCAUAGCACUGUGUCACCUGGCCCCAUGUUCCCCCGCCCUACCAUGGCACUGUGUCACCUGGCCCCAUGUUCCCCCGCCCUACCAUAGCACUGUGUCACCUGGCCCCAUGUUCCCCCGCCCUACCAUAGCACUGUGUCACCUGGCCCCAUGUUCCCCCGCCCUACCAUAGCACUGUGUCACCUGGCCCCAUGUUCCCCCGCCCUACCAUGGCACUGUGUCACCUGGCCCCAUGUUCCCCCGCCCUACCAUGGCACUGUGUCACCUGGCCCCAUGUUCCCCCGCCCUACCAUGGCACUGUGUCACCUGGUGCCCCCAUGGUUCACCUCCCCGCCCCGCCUACCAUGGCACUGUGUCACCUGGCCCCAUGUUCCCCCGCCCUACCAUGGCACUGUGUCACCUGGCCCCCAUGUUCCCCCCGCCCUACCAUGGCACUGUGUCACCUGGCCCCAUGUUCCCCCGCCCUACCAUGGCACUGUGUCACCUGGCCCCAUGUUCCCCCGCCCUACCAUGGCACUGUGUCACCUGGCCCAUGUUCCCCCGCCCUACCAUGGCACUGUGUCACCUGGCCCCAUGUUCCCCCGCCCUACCAUAGCACUGUGUCACCUGGCCCCAUGUUCCCCGCCCUACCAUGGCACGGUGUCACCUGGCCCCAUGUUCCCCCACCCUACCAUAGCACUGUGUCACCUGGCCCCAUGUUCCCCCGCCCUACCAUGGCACUGUGUCCUCUAGCCCUGUUCCUCCCCGCAGGCUGCCAAUCAAACAGACCUGGAGAACUGGGUGACGGCCAUCCACUCUGCCAGCGCCUCUCUGCUGGCGAAGAGACAGGGGAAGGAAGACACGGUGCGGUUACUGAGGAGCCAGACCCGCGCCCUGCUGCAGAAGAUAGACAUGGACAGCAAGAUGAAGAAGAUGGCUGAGCUGCAGCUGUCUGUCAUCAGUGACCAGAGGAACAGGAAGGCCAUCGAGAGCCAGGUGAGGCACUGAGAUGGGUUAGUGUCUGUGUGUAUUUUUGUUUAACUAUCCUUGUGGGUACCAGAAGUCCUCACAAGGAUAGUAAAACAAGGAAAAUUCGGACAAGUGGAGACAUUUAAGCUAUUUUAGGCUUAGGGGUUAGGGUUAGAAUUAGGGUUAGGGUUAGAAUUAGGGUUAGGGUUAGAAUUAAGGUUAGGGUUAGAAUUAAGGUUAGGGUUAGGGGUUACGGUUAGGUUUAGGGUUAGGAGUUAGGGUUAAGUAUAGUUUUAGGGUUAGCAGUUUGGGGUUAAGGUUAUGGUUAAGUUAAGGUUUAAGGUUAGGAUUAGAUUUAGGGUUAGGGGUUAUGGAAAAUAGGAUUUUGGAUGGGAAUCAAUUCUUUGGUCCCAGCAAGGAUAGCAAUACAAAACUGUGUGCGUGUGAGUCUUAAGCAGGGCCGGACUACCGCAUUUGGGGCCCCGUCCUCCAGGGAGCCCCCCCAAAAUAUAUAAUGCAUUCAACACAUUUUGUCAUGAGUCUAUGAGAAAAUGUUGCAGUUUUAAAGUUAAUUUCCUCCUGCAAUUCUACACAUUUUGCUAUCAUAUGAUAUGAUUUUGUCUUCUUUUUUUUUUUUAUCUGGGGGGUCCUUGACCACCAGGGGCCCCACAACUCCCCCCAAAAAUAAAAAAUAAAGAAGACAAAAUAAAUGGUUGGGGACCCCCUGGAGGUCGGGGGCCACGUGCACGUGCCCUUCGUGCCAGUUUGGUAAUCCGGCCGUGGUCUUAAGAUCAAGGGCCACCCUUAGGCUGAGCCAUUCAAACAAGCAGUUAGUUAAAUUGGCCUAUUAGGUCAUUAGUGUCUCAGCUCCAAUGGAAACCAGACCAUUCUCUCCUGUAGAACCAUACAUAUUUUAACACCUGCAUGACAUCUUGUUUCUGUCCAUAAUCUGCGAGUUACAACCUCCAUGUAAUGGCAAAAAUCAUUACGCUAUAACAACCUUCCUUGUGGUUGUGGAACAUAGUGACAUGAGCUUAGAUGUGUUGGCAGCAUCAUUUGUUGAAACUGGAGCUUUCAGAACCAAGUACCCUGCCACCAUGACAUUUCUAUUCCAGAUGUUCUCAGUCUGAUAGACUAGUACGAUCAACAUAUUCUAUCCACUCCUCAUAGAAGUCUGUUGUAAUGGGAAACCCAGAUGAGGGGGACAUUUUAUAGCGUAGCAAACCAAAUGCUGAUGUGUUGACAGACAGCAGUGGUUCCCGGAGCAGCAUUAGGGGUAGUUAGGGGUCCUUUCUUCUUAAUGGCAGGACAGGGGGUGGGGGUGGGUCAUCAUGCCCAGUUUGUGAGGUAAUCAAGGUGGGGGGGGGGGGGGGGGGACCACUGCUGCAGCUGGUCUCAUCUCCAAGCCCACCGGCCACUUUGAUGUCUGACGAUCGGUCUCUCUGAAAGUGAUACUAGCUCUCUCUGCCAUUUGAAGUGAACCUCUUAAGCCUCCUCUCUAGAUUAAAUCCUGAUCUCACAAACAAUGACUCUGUUAUAACACAUGCACCCUCUGUGAAGGAGAGAGAGAAGAAAGGAGGAUUGAGAGAAGAGAGGGGGAAUGAGAGCGAGAGAGCGAUAAGGGUGAUUAUGUAGCUCCAAUUAGCCAUGUGGCUCGUUCUGUAGUUAGAGACGCCCUUCUGAAUGAGAGGGUGGAGGCCAUUCUGUCACCAUGUCACCCUCACAUAGAGGUGCUCUGGUAUUGUCACAUCACCAAAAGUGUGUGAAUAAAGCCGCUAACAUGGCGAACUGUGUCAAACUUGGCCAAACUCGAAAUGACUCUGGCUGUGACUAUGAGUCUGUGUUGCUCCCCUGCCUGGUCUCUCUUUGUCAAUGAGAGGGUGGAGAGGCCAUUCUGGCACCUUGAAAGUGACCGUAACCUUUAUGUACUGUGGUGUAACCCGGUGUCCUGUCUGUUUCUCCCCAGAUUCAGCAGUGGGAGCAGAACCUGGAGAAGUUCCACAUGGAUCUGUUCCGGAUGCGCUGUUACCUGGCCAGCCUGCAGGGCAGUGAGCUCCCCAACCCCAAGAGUCUCCUGGCCGUGGCAGGACGCCCCUCUAAGACCGCUCUGGGACGCCUGGGGAUCUUCUCUGUCUCCUCCUUUCAUGCCCUGGUGAGGCCUGAUCUACUGCUUCACAUCCAUAUCAACCCUCAGCUUGGGACAUUGGAUUUCGCACAUUCUCUGGAACAGUUCCAUUGAAAACACCUUUAUUUAUCACCUUAGGUGCAAUUAAGAAUGUUAUUGAAUGCCAUCUAUGUUUACUAUGAUCAGAAAACAUCAGCAUGCUCUCUGGUCAGAUUUGUAAUACAGAGACUUGGGAUCUUUAAAGUCUCUAACCACAGAAGUGAUGUCUUUUAAUGUCUGUUCUCAGAUCUGCACCCGUGACGAGGCAACCCUGCGGAGACGUUGCCAGUCUUUUUCCAGAGGGGCUCGGAAUAAGAGGGGUCUCUUCUCCUCCCUCAAGGGUCUGGACAGCUUGACCAAACGCAGCAAGGAGAAGGGGGAGUCCGUGUCCCAGGUACUGUACAACCUCCCUAGAGCCUCCUUACAACCUUCCUACAACCUCCCUACAGCCUUCCUACAAGCUUCCUACAAGCUUCCUACAACCGUCCUACAACCGCCCUACAACCUCCCCACAGCCGCCCAACAACCUUCCUACAACUGCCCUACAAACUCCCUAUAACAACGUCCAUACAAAUGCCCUACAACCUUCCUACAACCUCCAUACAACCUUCCUACAACCUCCCUAUACCGCCACACCACGUGAAUGGGAAAAGUAUAUAGGUAAAGAAUAUCUCAUUGAGGAGGUAAUGAAGUUCUGUGGUGCUCUUGGAUGAACCUCCCAAAAGCCUUUAUUAGGUGAACUGAACCAUCAGCUGGGAAAAUAUCUGUGCUGGUUACCCCGUUGCCCCCUGGCUGCUGCACUCCCAUUUGCCUUUUGCCUGUUCUCCUUUUUAUCACCUGUAUAAACAAUCCUUUACAAGGGACCACUUGGCUCCCAACCCGAUGGCACGUUUCUGGAGCCCUUCUGUUUUUAAACAGAGAGCCUGUUUGUUAAAUCCAUUGGAGAAAAAGAAGCGGGUUGGUUCAUGGAAUGCGUUUUAAGCACUGACUGACUCCUCACGAGCCAUGACCCAUAAAUUAGCCAGACAGAGGGAGUUGAACUUUUCCAGCGGGAGGGAGACGGGGUUGCUCAUCGUAAAACUAUCUUUCCUGUACGUUGUUUGGGAACAUUCCAAAUAGAGGUGAUGAGUGAGGGAGUUGUUUUCCCCAGUCAGGGGCAGAGCUAGCAACCUGCUGAAAUCCUCAUCAGUCAUUGAAGUCAAGUCAGUCUCUCCAACACCCCAGCCCCUUUCUCAGCCCCAACCCCCAGCUCUGUCCCAUCCACUGGCCCUGUCUAAGUCCCUGCCCCAACCCCUGUCCCAGAGCUAGCCCCAGACCCAACCCCUGUCCCAGAGCUAGCCCCAGACCCAACCCCUGUCCCGGAACUACCCCCAGACCCAACCCCUGACCCAGAGCUAGCCCCAGACCCAACCCCUGACCCAGAGCUAGCCCCAGACCCAACCCCUGUCCCAGAGCUAGCCCCCAGACCCAACCCCUGACCCAGAGCUAGCCCCAGACCCAACCCCUGUCCCAGAGCUAGCCCCAGACCCAACCCCUGACCCAGAGCUAGCCCCAGACCCAACCCCUGUCCCAGAGCUAGCCCCCAGACCCAACCCCUGUCCCAGAGCUAGCCCCCAGACCCAACCCCUGUCCCAGAGCUAGCCCCAGACCCAACCCCUGUCCCAGAGCUAGCCCCAGACCCAACCCCUGUCCCAGAGCUAGCCCCAGACCCAACCCCUGUCCCAGAGCUAGCCCCAGACCCAACCCCUGUCCCAGAGCUAGCCCCUGCCCCAACCCCUAUCCCAGCCCAAGCCCCACCCCCUGGCUCUGGCCCUGUCUCUGUUUGAUAAACAGCACUCAGAGAGUGGUCUAUUUUGGGAUGUUGAUAGGAUCUGUUAUCCCUAGGACUUCAGUGAAGGACAAACUACACUGGGCCCCUCUGCUUCCAUCAUUGUUUAGUUCUGUCCAGUGUGACAUUACAUUAGACAGACUGGCUGUAUUGUAAAAUAGGAUAGACAUGGUAAACCCACUUCACCCCUGACACGUGCUCUGUGUUGACAUUCUGAAAGAUACAUCUCACAGUCAUAGUCACAGGCAUACCUAGCGUCUGUGUACUCACAUGGCAUAUCCAUAUGCUGCUGAUCCAAACGGCAUACGUUGGUAAUGCCCAGGGGUGCCUGGGUAAUCAUCGGAACCAUCGCUGUAAUACACACAUAUACCAUGGUUAUACAGAUUAUGUCUAAUGUGAACCAUCACUAUCUAAUAUAAUACACACAUAUAACAUGACGGUCCAUAGAUCUCUGUACACAGGUUAAACGUAGUGCCCAAAUCCGUACAUGAUUCCCUCCUUACUCAUGGGGCAGAUAGGGAUACAUUUCCCAGCAGUGAAGUUCUUUGUUAUGAGCCUGAGUCAGAGAAAGUCUAAUCUCACUAUAGAGAGGCCAGCUAGACCACUCAAUGGAACAGACAUUACUAGAAGCCACAUGUGGUUAAUUGUUGCAAGCUGCAGCAUGCCAGCAGCGACAAACAGAUGGUCUGUGUAAACCACCGCGCCGUCCACUAAACGUCCUACAGCCCCACAUUUACCGAAGGGACUCUACUCUACCCCCUUCUCUCUGCCAGCCCAGCAAUUUAUUUUUAUUGUAGCGUGAUUGGGGGUUUGUCACUUUAAGAGCCUUGUUUUUGCUUCCAGAGAGCUGUGAUGUCAAGGUGAGGAGUCAGUCAGUCAGUCAGUCAGUCAGUCAGUCAGUCAGUCAGUCAGUCAGUCAGUCAGUCAGUCAGUCAGUCAGUCAGUCAGUCAGUCAGUCAGUCAGUCAGUCAGUCAGUGUCACUCAACCCCCGCUUCUGGAAACAGAAUAGGUCAAGAUGAAAAAUGACUAAAAUCCUACAACUAUCCAGCACUCAAGCAUUUUGUGUGCUUUUUGAGUCCCUUGUACUGAGGUUGUUGUUUAGUUCCAGCAAGCCGUUGACAUAGGCAUGGCCCCUUGUCUCUGUGGUGGUACUGCCUGCCACUGGUAGUGGGCUGAGGGCGGUGGUAUUGGUAGCGUUAUCUCUGCUGAGGGCAGACUGGUAUCUGGGUGGAGGGGAGACAGUCUCCAUCCCCACCAGCCUGAUGAGGGACGUUCCAUCUGCCUGACUGUCAGACCUGUAAUUUCAGCAUCACCAAACCCUUUAUUUCUUCCCAUGGAUCCUCCAAGUCUUAUUUAGGCCUCAAUCUGGAUCAGAAUAGUAUCAAAGCCUUUGGUUUUAGAUCGUUUUUAAUUAUAUGUAUUACAUUGUAAAUAUAGACCGAGUUAGUUCUUUUUAGUGUGCAUUUUUCUCCUGAGUCACUGAGUAGGCUUAAUGUGCGUGUUCUUUUUUCCAUGUUGCAGGUUUUGGAAGGACAAAGUAUUGGAGUGCUUGCUGGCCAUAUCCCCAACCACUGCAGCUUCGAGGUACAGUAAGCACUUUGUCCUGAAAACAUUUCCCAACAUGUUACCUCAUCAUUUCCUGCAACCAGUGGAAAUAUGUAUAUUUAUCAUAUUUCACUAGCUAACCGCAUUACAAUAUUCUAUUCAAUAACUUUAGGUUGUCAUGGAUACAUUUGUCAGCAGGGUUGGGGAGUAACUGAUUACAUGUAAUCUGAUUACCAAAAAAACGACCUGUAAUCAAUUAUGUUACCAGUGAACAGAUUGUAAUCAGAUUACAGAUACUUUUGAAAAACUAGAUGAUUACUUCUUUGAUUACUUUAAAAUUCAUAAAGGAUGAUCGCGCGAGAAGAAAAUACAUUAUGACACCUUUCUGUUUUCUCAAUGACAUUCAAUUCAGCAUUGAAAAAAGGCGCAUGUUUAAGUUUGUUCCACCUGAGCGAGUCUGACCACAAGUCAGAGACCAGUAUGAUGACAGAACAAAUGUGUUUGAUGGAUACUUUUUGUCUUCUUCUAAUGCCUCUUAAGGGGAAAGUAAUCAAAAAGUAACUGAAAGUAAUCAGAUUACGUUACUGAGUUUGGUUAAUCAAAAAAGUACCUUACUGAUUACAAUUUUGGACAGGUAACUGUAACAGAUUAUAUUUAGAAAGUAACCUACCCAACCCUGUUUGUCAGGCCUUGUCAAACUUGAUGUAAGUCGCCUAAAACUGCCCCUAAAUUUGCACUAGAACCAGGUGCUAGGGAGGGGUUGCGUCCAAAAUGGCACCCUAUUCCCUAUAACGUGUACUACUUUUCACCAGGGCCCAUAGUGACCAGAGCACUAUAUAGGGAAUAGGGUGCCAUUUGGGACGUAUUCGAGGAGUAUUGUAGUCGAUCAAUCUCAGCCUCAGACUAAUCCUCUUAUAUGGGAGAAUGAGGAUGGAGGGAUGGAGGGAUGGAGGUGGGGGGUCUUUCUAUUCACACAGGGUCGGGGCUUGCACAGCUGUCUCAACAGCAUGCUGAUCUGUUGACACUGCUCCAUGCAAACAGGCAGGCGUGAGGCGGCCGAGUUCGAGGGUCCGGGGGGUGGGGAGGGUUAGGCCGACCGAGGGUCUUUAUUCUCCCAGAAUUCCAUUGUCACCCAGUGUUAAUCCCUCUGUACAGCCAGUGAAUGGGGACACCUAUCAGUGAAUGGGAGACACCCCCGACCUCCCCUUUCACAGACCUGUUGCUGUGUACUUUCACUGUCUUUUGGCUUUAGUUCAAUACACCCGUACGUCAGCUGAGAUUGGGGUUUUCGUGGGGUUUUAAUUAAACAUCUUUGACUGAUUGAUUUUGAACAGAUGUAAUGAAAGUUGUAGUUUUUUGUCAUAGUGUAUAAACAUUUGCAUCAUGGGGCAGAAGUCACAGAAUACACAACUUUUCACCACAUUGCCAAGAGAGAUGUUAAAUUCCUGACAGAAUUAUUUAGUAACCUGUUUAAUAUAAGAAUGUAUUAUCAGUUAAGAAACCUAAAUAAACAUAAUUAUUCUCCAUCUUUGUCUCUUUGUCAAACAGAGAUUGGACGCUCUUGCCAAAAUGCAGUUGAUAGCACCACCUGAAGGCAACCCUUGGUACAGCAGUUUGGAGACUCCCGUCUGUGUGAAUAUGCCUGACAGCCAAAGCAUUACUCUGCACAUCAAACCCGAUUUUCUCGUAUCGGACGUGCUAUCUUUGGCCUGUAAGGUAAGCAGACUGCAUCUAUCGCCUCAUUAUUAAUACAUUUCAACACUCUCCUAACUCAUAACUCCCAUGUCAGCAUUUUGCCGUGAAUUCUCCAGUGACUGAUAUGGUUGUUAAAGGCAAAGAGGAAAUGAUAGGAGGGGAUUGCUGUAGGGGUGGUACGGAACAGAUACUAGUUAAUUUUGCUCUCGAUACCUCAAUAAUUCAUGCUUUCUCUCCGUAGAAAGUUCACUCACGGCAUCCUUUUAGCUGAUAGGGAACAGGAUGAGUGUUAGUGGUUCUGUCGGAGUGUAGCUAGCUACCAUUGCUGAAGACACUGAAGAUAUGACACACUGAGGCUACGUCCCAAAUGGCACCCUAUUCCCUAUUUAGUGCACUACUUUUGACUAGAGGCUUAUGGGCCCUAGUCAGGCUUUGAUCAAAAGUAGUGCACUAAGUAGGGAAUAAGGUGGCAUUCAGGACUUUACCUCAGUGUGACCUGGUCAAAAGUAGUGCACUAGAUAGAGAAUAGGGAGCCAAUGAGACCCUGACUCAUCCUCUUGGGUCUUGUUCUAGGAGAGGCACCUGGACCCGAGCCAGCACUGCCUGCGUUUGAUGAGGCUGGUGGGUCAGGACACAGAGACCAUCUCCCCAGCGCGCACAGACCCACUACGAGACCUGGUGAGGCCCCGGCCGUACAGUCUCUAUGGGAAAACACAGGAUCCAAUCACUGAUACAAGCAUUCAUCAAUUUAUUCAGUCACUCAUUGUGUUAUCUCUGAGUCAAUACUGUGUCAACUUGCUACAUUUCAAGAUUCAACCAUAAUCCACACAUUUAUUUGAAUAUAGUUUCAGUGAUAUCUGGCCUCUUUAGUACGCACAUUGAGGUAUGUGAUGAGUAUUUUUUCACUCUUCUAUGUGCUUUUUCUGAACAGGUGUAUGAAGAGCUUGAGGUCUUCCCACUCAAUGUUUUCACCAUACAACUGUCCCGCCCUGACACAGCAGUGGACUUUGGUGAGUAGGGAUCCUGUGAAAAGGAGAUUGUGUGUCUGUGUCUGUGUGUGUGUUUGCAGGUACGUGUUUGUUUGUGUAUCUGUGUGUGUUUGCGGGAAAGAGCACAUUUACACUUGGGUUGUGUUAUUACAGUAUAAUUUCAUGUAUUACUCUGUUUUAACCUCUGAUCUCUCUCGCUUGUAGGCUUUGCUGUGACAGGCCAUGUAGACGGAGCCAGGAAGAGCCAUGUCUAUGUGAGUGAGGUCAACCCAGAGGGACUGGCUUUCACUAAGGGUACGUCAAUUCAUCUUUAUAAUACAUUUGACAAAUAUACUGACUUUGUAUCAGAGAUAGAACAAUACAGUAUUGAUGUAUUUUACUUAAGAGUACAUAGUGGUGUGCCGGGGCUGGGGUAGUGGUAGUGCUGCCAUACCCGGACCACACAUUUCCCCCUGGAGGCAGCGGUUCAAUCCCCUGUUCCGCCUCUCACUUUCUAUCCAUCCCAUCUAUCUCCCCAUCCCAUACAUGUCUAUCUAUAAAAAUGUUCAAAAGGACAUGGAAUUCCAUUCUCAUUUAGAAAGAGGCCAUAGUGGUCAACACUUUGAGGAGAUAACUGUCUGAUUGAUUGAUGUGUCCUUCCCUCAGGUCUGAGAGCGGGGGAUGAGAUCCUGGUUCUGAAUGGGACCAGUGUGUCCAAUCUGGACCUGGGGCUGAUGCACCUGUUGUUCAGCCACCAGAUCCUCCACAUACUGCUUAGACGAGAGGAGCAAAUCCCUGACGACCACACCUCUGUCUGGCCCGACUGUGAGCCCUGGCAGCCAGCACCACCGCCACCCAGCCACUGUGUCUGGCCUACAGGUAGAGACUACAACUUUGUAUUUACACCACUUCUUGAUACGGGCUACGUCCCAAAUGGCACACUAUUCCCUUUAUAGUGCACUACUUUUGACUAGGGCCCAUAGACCUCUGGUCAAUUGUAGUGCACUAUGUAGAGAACAUGAUACCAUUUGGGACGCAGCCUUCCCACAGAUACAAUUCUUUAGACCCAAAAAUAUGUUGUGUUUUGGAAAUUGCGGGUAUUAUUGAGUUACUAGAUAUUUUUUUACCUGUUCCAAACUUCGCAUUACAUUUGGUUUACUGUCUGGAGGGCAUUGUGUUUUCUCACCGCGUAUACGUUUUAUUUCUCACCACUAGAGGGCCUCAGGCCAAAGUGUUCUCCAGCCUUUGUAUCUUGUAGUACAGAACCAGUGAGUCUACCACAACAUCAUGUUGAGGGGAAUGCCAUGCUACCCUGCCAAUGCCCCAGGGUGAUAAGGCCUGGAUGGAGACAUUAAAAUGCCUCAUGCUGAUUCAAUUAAGACAAUGUGAAGAGAGCUGGCAAAUUUCACUGGGCAGCACAGCACGGUCAUUGUUGGAAUGGCCACAUGCUAUUUAUAAAACCAUGGCAGUACAAUCAUAAUUGUCUUGAUUACAUUACGCAAUAUUGAUUCAUUGUGUGUAGUGUAAGGAUGUGUGUGCGUGUGUGUUUUUACUUUAAAAAGCAUGAUACUGUUAUUCCUGUUGGUGUGAUGCCAAGUAAGCUGUGCAAGACCCCGGGGAGAGGGGGAGUGAGGCCAAAUGAAUUGCUCCUACCUGCUGGGCUUGUAGUGAAGCCAGAUCAAUGCUGGUUGACACCAGUCAGGUGCACUUAACCUGUAAAACUGCCUCCAGUGCUCUAACCAGGAAUUCUCUCGCAGCACCUGUAGAUGUGUGUGUGUGUGUGUGUGUGGGGGGGGGGGGGGUUACUGUGUGUGAGUGUGUUUCCUUUGGUCCAUCUCUUUAAUCAUACUGACCUGUCUGCUUCUCUCUCAGAUAUGCCACUACCCCAGGAGCUUCCAGAGAGCUCUGUAGCGGCUCCCUUUGAUGAGGUGUCACAACAAUCACGACCCGCUGAUGAGAUGGAGCAGCUCGGCCAGGUGAGAUGGAGGGCUCUAUUUUCAACUGGCAUUAAGCCAGCGCAAUUUUCAAAUGUAUGUUGGCAAUUUCGAACCGGCGCUCUGCCAUUUUCAAACACUUGCGCCAGGAUUGGUAAACCUGUCUUAUAUGAACAGGGUGGAAGGGGUGUCAAUAUCUGAGGUGUGUCCUUAAAAACGUGCGCCAAAGUGCCAAUUUCAAAGUGCUAACCAAAAGCUGUUCUUAGCGGUAACGCGGGUUGGUUAUGGCAUGGAUUUUGACAGCAGAAGCGCAGCCUAUUCAUCCGUGAUGUACAGUGCCUUCAGAUGUAGGAUCUAAAUUGGCUACAGCAGCAAAAGAAUCCUGCAGAAACAGGAAAUGUGAAUGAUAAUUAAUGGACAUUUUUUGUAGGGGUUGAUACAUUGUUCGUCAGGGCAAAUCAUGUCUGACAUUUUAAAGUGGAAAUUACAAACUUUAGAAGCCUUUUUAAACCUCGAAUACACUACAAGUUUGCAUUUCCUGCUGUGCAGGACAAUUCUCAACAACAAAUGAGUGAUCAAAUUGAGGUCCUACAUCUGUAUAUGCGUAUGGAACAAGAGAGAUAUUAUUUUUGUAGGCUACAUGUCCAUAUGCCUAUCAUGGAAAGAGAGAUGAGCUGAUGCCGGUGACCCUAUUUAGAAACAUUUCAGUUAUAGGCUACCCUUACCCUACAAUAACAGAAGCUGGUUCAACAGCAAUGCGUCGGUUGUAUUUCUUAUCCUGGCCAUGCAUUAGCCAAGUAGCUAACUAUCCAUAAAAGGUUUCUAAAUGGUCUACUCCUGAGGCUUUUGCAAUCAUGCUUUUGCAUUAUUCACAAUUCACAUAGGCCUACCUGCAGUGUAUACUCCAUUCGGCUUGUAUCCAUCCCCAUUUCCAAAGAGCACCUCUUGUCUGGUUACCAAAGACGCACUCCAUCAAACAUAUUCAAAUUAUUCAGUCCUAUAACACCAUAUCAACAGCAGGCCUAGGCUAUUUCUUGCUUAUUGAGAAUGUGCCUCACACAUGCAAUACAAUUUACGGGAGCCUAGUAUUUUUUUAUUUGAGGAGAAGUGCGAUGUAGGCCUAUACUUGUUGAAGCCAAUUUCAACUCUCCUAACAUAUUGAGCAAACACUGAUAUAUUUUGUUACUGUUGUUAUUAGGCUACUAGUUACUGCAGCCUAUGCUAUUUAAUAAACUGUAGUAGCAAUCCACAAUGGACUAUGAUGAGAAUAUUCCGUACCCCGAGCCGAAUUGGAGUUCAUGACAACGUAAAGACUGUCAAUAACCUACAGAACUUGAGACAACGGCAUGCAGUAUUAAGCCAUGAAAAGCGUUGAUUGGCCAGUGAAUGGCCAAGCCCUCGUCACACCUCCAAUUUAUUAAUUAAUCUAAACCCAGCACUUUCACGCCACCGCCAGCUAUUGUGCUCAUAAUUCCCGCUGUGAAGAUAGCAAAAAAUAUUUCUGACACACCCCCAACCUAUAAUGCUACCGCCAGAGAUUUACCAUUGCGUUAGGUUUGUAAAAAUAGAGCCUGGAGUAAAUUAAAUAAAAAUAAAUUGGUCAUUUAGCAGACGCUCUUAUCCAGAGCGACUUACAGGAGCAAUUAGGGUUAAGUGCCUUGCUCAAGGGCACAUCGACAGAUUUUUCACCUAGUCUGCUCGGGGAUUAGAACCAGCGACCUUUCGGUUACUGGCACAACGCUCUUACCACUAAGCUACCUGCCGGAGUGUGUGCGUGUGCGUGUGCGUGCGUGUGUGUGUGUGUGUGUGUGAAAAUCCAAGUUUAUUGGUUGCGUACAGAGAUUUGUAUAUGUUAUCGCAGGGUGCAGCGAAAUGCUUAUGUUUCUAGCUCCAACAGUGCAGUAAUAUCUAUCAAUGUGUGUGUGUCAGUGGAGUUUUAAGAGCAGUGAGUGGUGUGUUUGAUCACAUGCCGUGUGUUGGUGAUCAGGGGUUACUCUGUGGUGAUCAGGACAUCUGCUAAAAUGAGAUGAGGUGCCAGGAGAGUACUGGCUCAGGUUCAAGCCCAGGUCAUACACGCCUGCCCUGCCAUGGCCUCACCAGGUGACAACAACACCAUCACACUGUAUCAACUGGUAUCAAUAACUAUUGGCUUAGAACAAUGGCCUGAGAGAGAAGAGUCCCUCACUUCAGGAAUUCACUCACAUCAAAUGACACUGCCUUAGGGUGUCGACGAAUGGUGGCGAUUCAACCCGUAGAAUCAUUGCGAAAUGGACAGAAAAUGGCGGCCGAUGUUGUGUGGUCAGAGGCGAUAGAAUGGCCGCCCGCUGCACAUUACUGACAUUUGAAUUGGUCUGUCAUGUCCUUUAGAUUUGAAGGCAGUUGCUGCAAAUACAAUAUCCUCCAUUACUCGAAGUCCAUAAUUCCCUUCCUCUGCUUUAACUUGAAAUCCCCUCGGGCCAACUGUCUUUCCCAGCCAGCUAACGCCUCCCUCCCUGCCUCCUCCAAGGCUCCUAAAGCCCACAGACACUCCAAGCCCUGUCAGCACACAUGACCCUGAGUAGACUGCUAAUCCAAUCCAUGCUUACUACCUAAGUGUGUGUGACAGAUAAAUAUAUUGAGAGAGAGAGAGAGAGAGAGAGAGAGACAGAGAGAGAGACACAGAGAGAGAGAGAGAGAGAGAGAGAGAGGUGUAGUACGACAAACUGCAGGCUUACUCCCUAAGUGUGUGUGACAGAGAAAUAUAUUGAGAGAGAGAGAGACACAGAGAGAGAGAGAGACACAGAGAAAGAGAGAGAGACAGAGAGAGAGAGAGAGACACACAGAGAGAGAGAGAGAGAGGUGUAGUACGACAAACUGCAGGCUUACUCCCUAAGUGUGUGUGACAGAGAAAUAUAUUGAGAGAGAGAGAGAGACACAGAGAGAGAGAGAGACACAGAGAAAGAGAGAGAGACACAGAGAGAGAGAGAGAGACACACAGAGAGAGAGAGAGAGAGGUGUAGUACGACAAACUGCAGGCUUACUCCCUAAGUGUGUGUGACAGAGAGAGAGUGACAGAAAUAAAGAGAGAUAGAGAGUACGGAAAACUCCAGGAAUGAAUGGCUACCAGCGGAUGUCAGAACGCCCAGCCGGGCAUGUAGCAUGUUGUUUCUAUCCAGCUCCACCAACAACAGCCAGAGGUUCACCCCAGGAAAGCAGCCCCGGGCGGCCCAGUCGACCAGGGCUAUGUGCUGGGUGCUGCCCCAGGAGGAUGAGGGCGAGGUGGGGGAGGUGGAAGUGGGGGUGGGAGAUUUCAUCCCUGGGACUUUCACCCUGCCGUCUCUCAGGCAGUCCCUGAAGGACAGGUUGGCCGGGCUGCUGGACGAGGUGGCCUCCUGCGUAGCCUGCGAGCAGGCAGCCGACGGGAUCGCUCUGCUGGUAGUACUGUAGCUACUGUACUGUGGUGUCUCUCUGUAUCGUAGUUACUGUAUUGUCCUGUACUCUCUCUGUGUUUGAGCUGGUGAUGCAUUGGUGCUGUAACUAGUGUUGCAUUGUUUUGAUUUGAUGUUGUUGCCUAGAAACAAUCGUUUUUUUAAUGCACUGUUUUUACUGUUGAGGUCUUACUGUAGUUAUAAGAUACAUAGGCUACACGCUCAUGUGAGACACACAGAGAGCAAAUGUUACGGGAAGUAAUAAGCCCAUAAAUAUUAAUGCUUAGAAUAUUUUUCACCUUCUCUGUCCACCCUUGCUUCUAGUUCAAAGGGUAUUUUAAAGCUGGAUUGCAGCACAGCACAAUAAUCCUAACCAGGGGAUUUAUCAGUUUGUCAGCACUUUAUUAUUGCCUGACAGGAGACAUUAUGAUGACAAAUGAACAAAGCCAUGGCUGGGGAUCCUUUCUGUUUUAUCUGCUACUGAGGGUCGCCUUGGGCCGUGUGUGUGUUCACCACUGAUUAUUCUACCUUUCUUUGAGAGCGUGAAAGUGUGGUGUCAUAUGGAUGGAUGGGAAGUCUGUGAUGUGAAAUGCUUGUUCAUAAAUUUGACACCAGAUUAUUUGUUUGAUACCUCGCUGCUAGACGCUCUCUCUCAUGUCUUAUGAAAAACUGUCGACAAAAUAAGUAUUUUCUAAUUUAAUCUAAUUGAUUAAUUGAGGUUGAAUCAUUAUUGUAAUAACACAAAUAUCUAAAACUUCUAGAUGACGUGUGCACCCAAAUGACACCCUAUUCCCAAUAGACCAGAGCCCUAUGGCUUAAACCUGGGAUGCAUCUCAAAUGGCACUCUAUUCCAUUUAUAGUGUGCUGGUCAAAAGUAGUGCACUAUAAAGGGUGCCAUUUGGGAUACAGGCCCUGACCCUCUGCACUCUCUGCCUCUCCAAAAAUACAGAGGGAGUGGUUUGACACCCUCUUAAACUACACAAGGGGUUGAUGAUUUAAACUGACUGAUUAUUAAAGGGGAAUGUCAUUCAAAAACUAUAUUUUGGUAUUUAUUUCAUUAUUCCACUGUUGAUACAGUCCCAAAAUGUUUUGCAUGUCAGCAGUCAAGUUGUCAAGAUAUUGUACUUUUAAGAAGAAAUGUGUCUCCAUCCACAUCACGAUGAUGCAAAAUGUUUGAUAGGAUGCAAAAAAUAUUGUGAUAUUCCCCUUUAAGAUUAGGUGCUUGUCACAGUAGAUUCCGAGCUGAAUUGUAAUCUUCACUCCCCUGAGUAAAGGGCAGUCAUUUGAUAUUCAGAGCUGAAAUUAGAAUAUAUCCUAACUCAUCUCUCUUCUGUUUCCUUCAGAAUGUGGAGACGGUGUGCUCGCUGUACCAGACCUUCCCAGAGGGCCGUGGGGCGGUGGUGGUAGAGGGCCAGAGGAACCCGUACUCCAUGGAGCCCCUCGGGCCCCAGAUCCAGAAGCCCCCCUGCCCCAGACACAUGUCUAUCUCUGAGAGGCUCUGUAAGGUCAUACAGGAACUGGUGGACACAGAGAAGUCCUACGUCAAGGUACAUACCUGGCCAUAUUUAUGGUUGUUUUGUAAUAUUUCAAAUACUUCAUAUUUAAUCAUUUCUUUGUAAAUUGUACUUGUAAUUCAACAUGUUGCUGUCAUUUAUACAAUUAUUUGUUAAAUCAUUAAAAAUACAUUAUCAUCUUGAUCAUCAUCAAAGCGUCUCAGAGUAGGAGUGCCGAUCUUGGAUCAGUUUUAGCAUUUUAAAUUGUAAUGACUGGGCAGAGGGGAUCUGAUCUUAUAUCAGCAAUCGUGCUCUGAGACACUUUAUGAAUACGGGUCCUGGUCACUCACAUUCUGCUGCCUUAUCUAAGAGAGUGCUGGAACGUCCUUUCUGGGGAUUUAUAAUUGAUGGUCUCUCUUUAUUAAUGGUAAUUAAUGGUCUCUAAGUGCCUGUUUAUUAAUGAUCUCUAGUAGCAUUUAGUGUAAUGCAUAUUUACCAUCUGCUACUCUAACGCCCAUGUGUCAGGCUGAGGAGAAUUAUGAUUUCUCAGUCGGAUAGUGAUGAUGUCACAGUCUGAUAGUGAUGAUGUCACAGUCUGAUAGUGAUGAUGUUAUAGUCGGAUAGUGAUGAUGUCACAGUCUAAUUAAGUUUCCCCUGUCUGUCCCUUAGGACCUGGGUUGUCUUUUUGACAUUUACCUGACCCCUCUACAGAGUGAGACCUUCCUCAGCCACGACGAGGUACAGCACGAAGGGCGUGCAAUGGAAAAACAUACAUGUAAAAUGUGUAAAUGUAUUUUACAUGUCUAAACACAUGUGAAAUACAAUAACAUUUCAUUAUGGCUUGUUAGUGUGACCGACCAGGGUUGGAACCUGGGUCUCAGGGAAUAAAACGCAAGUGUUCAGAUCUCAGACAAUGCUAACCACCACAUGAGCGUGGUUCCCAACCACCUCUGUUACAUUAGCUGUAAACCUCUUCCCGUCUUCUAUCCUGUACUUUUUGGGCAUUUGAAUUAGCUACAGUGGGGGGAAAAAGUAUUUAGUCAGCCACCAAUUGUGCAAGUUCUCCCACUUAAAAAGAUGAGAGAGGCCUGUAAUUUUCAUCAUAGGUACACGUCAACUAUGACAGACCAAUUGAGAAAAAUAAAUCCAGAAAAUCACAUUGUAGGAUUUUUAAUAAAUUUAUUUGCAAAUUAUGGUGGAAAAUAAGUAUUUGGUCACCUACAAACAAGCAAGAUUUCUGGCUCUCACAGACCUGUAACUUCUUCUUUAAGAGGCUCCUCUGUCCUCCACUCGUUACCUGUAUUAAUGGCACCUGUUUGAACUUGUUAUCAGUAUAAAAGACACCUGUCCACAACCUCAAACAGUCACACUCCAAACUCCACUAUGGCCAAGACCAAAGAGCUGUCAAAGGACACCAGAAACAAAAUUGUAGACCUGCACCAGGCUGGGAAGACUGAAUCUGCAAUAGGUAAGCAGCUUGGUUUGAAGAAAUCAACUGUGGGAGCAAUUAUUAGGAAAUGGAAGACAUACAAGACCACAUGAUCUCCCUCGAUCGCAAGAUCUCACCCCGUGGGGUCAAAAUGAUCACAAAAUGAUCGCAAAAAUCCCAGAACCACACGGGGGGACCUAGUGAAUGACCUGCAGAGAGCUGGGACCAAAGUAACAAAGCCUACCAUCAGUAACACACUACGCCGCCAGGGACUCAAAUCCUGCAGUGCCAGACGUGUCCCCCUGCUUAAGCCAGUACAUGUCCAGGCCCGUCUGAAGUUUGCUAGAGUGCAUUUGGAUGAUCCAGAAGAGGAUUGGGAGAAUGUCAUAUGGUCAGAUGAAACCAAAAUAUAACUUUUUGGUAAAAACUCAACUCGUCGUGUUUGGAGGACAAAGAAUGCUGAGUUGCAUCCAAAUAACACCAUACCUACUGUGAAGCAUGGGGGUGGAAACAUCAUGCUUUGGGGCUGUUUUUCUGCAAAGGGACCAGGACGACUGAUCCGUGUAAAGGAAAGAAUGAAUGGGGCCAUGUAUCGUGAGAUUUUGAGUGAAAACCUCCUUCCAUCAGCAAGGGCAUUGAAGAUGAAACGUGGCUGGGUCUUUCAGCAUGACAAUGAUCCCAAACACACCGCCCGGGCAACGAAGGAGUGGCUUCGUAAGAAGCAUUUCAAGGUCCUGGUGUGGUCUAGCCAGUCUCCAGAUCUCAACCCCAUAGAAAAUCUUUGGAGGGAGUUGAAAGUCCGUGUUGCCCAGCGACAGCCCCAAAACAUCACUGCUCUAGAGGAGAUCUGCAUGGAGGUAUGGGCCAAAAUACCAGCAACAGUGUGUGAAAACCUUGUGAAGACUUACAGAAAACGUUUGACCUGUGUCAUUGCCAACAAAGGGUAUAUAACAAAGUAUUGAGAAACUUUUGUUAUUGACCAAAUACUUAUUUUCCACCAUAAUUUGCAAAUAUAUUCAUUAAAAAUCCUACAAUGUGAUUUUCUGGAUUUUUUUUCCUCAUUUUGUCUGUCAUAGUUGACGUGUACCUAUGAUGAAAAUUACAGGCCUCUCUCAUCUUUUUAAGUGGGAGAACUUGCACAAUUGGUGGCUGUCUAAAUACUUUUUUCCCCCACUGUAUGUACAGUAGAUAAAAAGGUGCCAAUACAGGGUUUCUAAAAAUAAAGAAUCUUCUGUCCUUUGGGUCGUUUCUAACUGUUGUUCUCUCCUCCCUCCACUAGAUGGAGUCUCUGUUUGGCAGUCUGCCUGAGAUGCUGGACUUCCAGAGAGUAUUCCUACACACACUGGAGGAGCGCAUCGCCUCCUCCCCCAACUUCAGCUCUCUGGAGACCCCGGAACAGUUCAAGGUAGAGUCCCCAGUAGUUUGGGGUUGCGUGGCAAAUGGCACCUUAUUCCAUAUCACUGAGUGUUUAAACAUUAAGAACACCUUCCUAGUAUUGAGUUGCACCCCGUUUGUUGCCCUCGGAACAGCCUCAAUUCAUCGGGGCAUUGACUCUACAAGGUGUCGAAAGCGUUCCACACGGAUGCUGGCCCAUGUUGACUCCAAUGCUUCCCGCAGUUUGGAUGGUGGACCAUUCUUGAUACACACGGGAAACUGUUGAGCGUGAAAAAAACAGCAGCGUUGCAGUUCUUGACACAAACCGAUGUGCCUACUACCAUACCUCGUUCAAAGGCACUUUAAUCUUUUGUCUUGCCCUGUCACCCUCUGAAUGGCACACAUACACAAUCCAUGUCUCAAUUGUCUCAAAGCUUGAAAAUCCUUCCUUAACCAGUCUCCUCCCUUUCAUCUACACUUAUUGAAGUGUACAUCAAUAAGGUAUCAUAGCUUUCACCUGGAUUCACCUGGUCAGUCUAUGUCAUGGAACGAGCAGGUGUUCUUAAUGUUUUGUAUACUCAGGGGCUGUGGUCAAAAAGUAGUGUCCUAUAUAGGGAAUAGGGUUUAAUUUGGGACGCAGACUCGAGGUCUAGUGGUAAAGCUUCAAGCUUUAUCAACAGGAUGUUACUUAACCUACUGACUGCAGUGAUAGUCAGCGGUAGGCCUAUUUGACUCUGCAUUCUCUCUUUCUCUCUCUGCAUCCAGAAACUUCUCUUCUCACUGGGCGGCUCCUUCCUCUACUAUGCUGACCACUUCAAGCUCUACAGCGGCUUCUGUGCCAACCACAUCAAAGUCCAGAAGGUUCUGGAACGAGGUAAUGGUGAUUCCUACCUCAUGUACAGUAGAGCUGAAUAUCCCUGCUCAGUUAAUCAUUAAAUGCCAUCUGAAAAGCCAGUGCAAAGGCAGAAAAGCAAUGCCUGCAUCAAAGCCUGCUUUAAGUCCUCAUUUCCUGUUUACAGCAAAGACGGACCGGGCUUUCAAGGAGUUCCUGGGAGCGAGGAACCCCACCAAGCAGCACUCGUCCACCCUGGAGUCAUACCUCAUUAAGCCAGUCCAGAGGGUGCUCAAGUAUCCCCUGCUGCUCCGAGAGCUGGUCUCCCUCACUGACUCCGAAAGCGAGGAGCACAGCCACCUCACAGGUAGGACUACAUAUGGGGGCUUAUGUGUGAGCACGCAUAGACACACACAGGGACAUGCACAUACACACACACACACACAGAAACCAUAAGACCCACAGACAGCAGUCUUUCCAGGUUUGUCUGAUGUGUUAGGGGUGAGCUCUAUUGACGUGUACCUCUCUGUGUGUCUAUCCGUCUCCGUCCUUCAGAGGCCCUGAGAGCCAUGGAGAAGGUGGCCAGCCACAUCAAUGAGAUGCAGAAGAUCUAUGAGGACUACGGCUCUGUGUUUGACCAGCUGGUGGCAGAGCAGAGUGACCCUGAGAAAGAGGUACAGUACAGUAAUCACCACCACACAUAACUGACAAAUGAAACUAUAAUACUGAUAUUAUUGAUUAUAUGAAUAUUGGAUUCUAUUAAUUCAAGUAAUUGUAUGAAUUAUAUGAAUGUACUCAUUGUAGAGCGAGUUCAUUAGAGGAAGCUCCUCCACCAACAGCCUCCCAGACUAAGUGCCCUCCUCUCCCCUCUCCCCUCUCCAGGUAACAGAGAUCUCCAUGGGGGAGUUCCUCAUCCACUCCUCUUUAAAGUGGCUCAACCCUCUCCCCUCUCUGGGACGCAUGAGGAAAGACCCUGAACUGACGCUGUUCGGUGAGUGGGGCUUUUUACAAUGACGAGUUGAAUCAGAAUUACUUGACAGGAUGAUGUCAACAUUUUCAUCCUUAUUACAACAAUCAAGAAGUAUCGGACUAAAAUCGAGUUGCUCCUGCCUCUGUCCUCAGUUUUCAAGAGAGCAGUGAUUCUGGUGUACCGUGAGAGCAGCAAGAUGAAGAAGAGGACGGUGAGUUUCACUCUGCUCAAACACACCUCUCCCGAUAACUUUAUGUUGAACACUGGAUAUCACACAAGUUCUAAUGCGUGUGAACAUUUUGGUUUCUUUGUAUGCUACAGACCACGUCACGCUCCGACCAGGACCCCUUCAAGUUCCGCUGGCUCAUCCCAGUGUCGGCGGUGCAGGUCCGUCUGGGGAACACAGCAGGAACAGAGAACCCUUGUGUCUGGGAGCUGGUCCAUACCAAGUCUCAGGUGGAGGGGAGACCAGAGACCGUAUUCCAGCUCUGCAGCAGGUGAGAGAUUACAUGAAAAUGAUAGAGAUAAUGGAUGUUUUAAAGAUCAUGAAAACAAAAUAUAUACUGUAUAUUUUAAUUAACAGGGCAUGGCCUAAUUGACUUGAUCUCAUAUAUGGGUAUUUUUCAGUGGUUUGGAGAAUAAGGCCAGUGUAGUGAAAGCUCUUCGUUCCCUUCGAGACUGUACCCGGAGGCCUCUCCUAUCAGAGAGGGGUUCUAGAGAGCACCUAGGCUCCCUCCGCAGGACCCAGCCUGCACCUGUCAGAGACAGCUCCUGGAGGAGAAGACAACAGCGCCAAUCAGAGGCCAGGAGGACUGCAGGCCACCAGCACCACUCAGAUGACAGCAGUGUGUCCAGCGGCGGCCCCUACCCCGGUCCAGGAGACACCCACUCGGAGCCCCAGCUCCCCAGCCGCUCCUCCACGGGCCUCCCUAGCCUGGAAGGCACCACACUGGGCAAGAGGGCCUGGCUGUGCUCCCUGACCAGCACCCUGGAAGCCCAGCUCCAGAGACUCAACUUCACAGAGGAGGCAGGGCCGAGGAGAACUGGGACCCAGCAGGAGCACCUCAGACAGGGGGUUCCCCAGCCCCACCAGCCCCACCCUGCUGCCCAGAGGAGGGUGGGCAGUCUACAGGGGGGCCAGGGGAGGCAGUGUCCAGGGAGGCAGGAUAAUGACUCCCAGUGUGUGGACCUCAACGCCCUACUAGGGAGGGACUUCAGUGUGCAGAGCCUGACCUCUGUGGUCAACGAGGACUGCUUCUACGAUACGGUCAUGGGAAUUCAGAAGGCUGCCAUUCCAACACUAUAGGGCCCCUAGAAGUUGCCCCUAGAAGCUGAUCUUGGGUCAGUUUUGCAUUUCCCCCACUAAUGGUUAAGGUUAAGAUUGGGGGACAGGAAGUUGAUCCUGGAUCUGUAACCUAGGGGAAACUUCACCCCGGAGAACUGAUGAACACCCGUCUAGGCUCUUAUCACACUGACUACAUUAGAGCCUGGUCCAGGUGCUAUGGACUAAAGGCUGAAUCUCCUUAAUGUGCUUACUCUGACUCUGGUGAGUAGGCUUUGACUGAAGAACUGCGCUCUGAUCACAGUUACUUGACUUGGACUUAAUCCUUUUAGCUCCUAGUGGAGCGAAGGCCUUAAGGUCCCACAGUUACACACCGUCACAGUGCAUAUGUAAAUGGGAGCCCGUUGGACUCUCCUGUCUGUCCCUUGUUUUACUGCACUCUAUAAGCUAUAAACACAGUUAGCUACAUUCAAUAGCAUUCCUUUCACUUUUUUUCUACUUAAUCUUGUUUGUAAAUAUAAUGCAGUAUCUCAAUCACGAGUAGCUUUCUAUUUUCUUGGCUUUUUUGACAAAAGCAGUUGUUAGUUCAAGACUGGAAUUGCUUGAUAAAAAAUAAAUAAUGAUAUUCUGAGUUUUAUUUUUAACCUUGUUACUAUUUAUAUUUUCUCUCGAUAUUAUUUUGUUCAUGUGUUAAUUUCCACAUAAAAACUAAGAUUAAGUGUCACGUUUCUAUUUAAUUUAUCUUAUUAAGUUAAAGCAAAAUCCCUUUUAAAGCUCUUUCAUAUUUCAAGUGAUUUGAUGUAUCACUUUAAGAAUUCAAGACCUUAGGACUAUAAGGUUUUAUCUGCACAAAGCUCAGUUCUGAGAUAUCAACUGAGCACCAACAUUUUCACAUCUCAGAACUGUUUUGUAGUGAAUGAUUCUUUCAUAACCCAUUAAGGUCCUCAUCUAAAGGUACCUAAAGUGCAGAGUAUCCGAAUCCUAAGACAUUUGUAAAUCUGUUUUUUUUAGGAGGUGCAAUCGCAGAUAGAACCGUAUGGCUCUGAAAUGUCAAUCUGUGUUCAGCCAUAAGGUUCUGUCUGCACAGAAUGUUAAAAUUAGUUGAGUUUCAAUAGAAAAUUACAGACAUUUAAUGAUCAAAUAAAGAGAAUACCCUUCUUUCUUUCUCAUCAGAUCAUCAAAUAUGUUAAUUCAUGUUCAUCACACAUUUGUUAAAGCCAUAGUUCCUUAAAAUGACAAGGACGUUAUAUCCUAUGCAUAACUAGCAACAUUGCUAAAGCUUAGCUCUGAAUGAGUAAACUGAUGUAUUUUUCUGGUCUCUGACACCUAAAGUCAGUAAACUACUUGCUAUUAAUCAAUCAAAUGUGGUAAGUUUGUAAUUUUGGUGAAAUACCCCUUCCAUGGUUUUCGUAUUGAUAUAGAACAAGACAAAAACAGCAAUGCCUCUCCUGUGAGCCUUAGACAUGCUCUAAGGCACCUGUAUUUAUUUGUUUUUACCAUAAAAAGCUUACAUUAUGGCCAUUCUUCUGGAAAAGUGGUGAAAAAAAAUCUAACUAAUUGAAAUAGAGGACCAGAACCUAUGAUUAUGAAUAAUCAAGGACUUGGUACAAUAAAGUUAUAUCUGCAAAAUGUAUAGUUUUGAGAUUAUGAGAAUUUUUAAAUCCCAGAUCUCAUAACUGUUUUGUGAUGUCUUCCUCUUUCAUUACUAUAUAUACUAGUAUAUCACCUUACAUACAAUAAUGUUUUAUUGACAACCCAGCAUUGUGUGAUUGGAUUGCUGAUAGAACCAUAUAGCACCAAGUUAAAAGGUGUUUGUGCAGAUAUAACUUUCUGAUGUAAAGGACCACCUAAAGAGCAACUCUAUAUGAAUAACACUUUUUUUUAACCAAAAUGUCAGAUAACCUUAUAGUCCCAAGGUCACAAAUUGUUGAAAUGUUUGUUAUCAUUAUUCAGAAUUAGCUGAACUGUAAUUUCUUCUCUAAUAAUGUAUAUUCUUUUCAUAUACUUGACAUUGUACAGGUAACGUAAAAUGAUGUAAUAUUUAAUUUAAAAAACUGUCUCUUACACUGGAGUUGUCCUGAUUGAUAGAUAAUAGAUGCUUUGUAAUUAGGUUAUUGGCUAAUCAAGGUCUUAUCCACUAGACACCAAACGGAAGAAAACUGACUGAAACGGGGACCACCUACCUGAACUUGACCAAGAACAAACUCUCAUUUUUGUUGCAAAACGUUUUCUCUUGCAAAAUGUUUCGCUACGGUUUGCUACGGCACUAAUAUAUACUGAAUGAGAGAAUACAUUAGAAAUUCUGAGUGGUACAGAAGAAGAGCGUAAAGAAAGAGGCAAAAUAUUCGUACACUUUCUUUCUUCUUACUGCUCCAUCCAUUAGCUAGAGGGAGGUAGGGCCCAAAUGUAGACUUUGGAGCCCUGGACCAGAGCUAGUCACAACAACCACAGCCACACCACAGAGACUGUAGGGCUAUGGACCAGAGCUAGUCACAACAACCACAGCCACACCAAAGAGACCGUAGGGAUAUGGACCAGAGCUAGUCACAACAACCACAGCCACACCAAAGAGACUGUAGGGAUAUGGACCAGAGCUAGUCACAAUAACCACACCAUAUAAAUGUAGCUGCAGCAUCCUUUGCCCAAGCCUCAGUUUGGUGUGUGACUCACACAGAUUCUUCGUCCUUCAGACAGUGGAGUUCAGGCUCUGGUGAAUACAGACACUGUAGCUAGCUAGCGCAGGGCGAGAGCUUUUUUAUUCAGUCUAUCAGCACCAACACAAUGAGUCAUAAUUGCUGGCCCUCUUUCCAGGUCUUUUUGUUCACAGGUCUAUGGGCGAUGUUAAUCAUGUGUAUGUGUAGGGUGUCAGCCAGUCUUUGUCACAUAAAAUGGAGGAAUGGAGGGAGUAGUAGAAAUUAAAAGGGGAGGAGAUUUUUUUUCCUCUCAGUUGGUGCAGUUCUCUAAGGGGGGAAUGUCCUUGGUCACUGUAGAUACAGUACCAGUCAAAAGUUUGGACACACAUUUUAGUCAUUUAGCAGACACUCUUAUCCAGAGCGACUUACAGUUAGUGAGUACAUACAUUUUCAUACUGGCCUCCCGUGGGAAUCGAACCCACAAUCCUGGCAUUGCAAACUCCAUGCUCUACCAACUGAGCUACACGGGACCUACUCAUUCCAGGGUUUUUCUUUAUUUUUACUAUUUUCUACAUUGUAGAAUAAUAGUGAAAACAUCAAAACUAUGAAAUAACACAUAUGGAAUUAUGUAGUAACCAAAAAAGUGUUAAACAAAUCAAAAUAUAUUUUAUAUUUGAGAUUCUUCAAAUAGCCACCCUUUACCUUGAAGACAGCUUUGCACACUCUUGGCAUUCUCUCAACCAGCUUCAUGAGGUAGUCACCUGGAAUGCAUUUCAAUUAAAAAGUGUGCCUUCUUAAAAGUUAAUUUGUCAAAUUUCUUUCCUUCUUAAUGCGUUUGAGCCAAUCAGUUGUGUUGUGAUAAGGUAGGGGGGUAUACAGAAGAUAGCCAUAUUUGGUAAAAGACCAAGUCCAUAUUAUGGUAAGAACAGCUCAAAUAAGCAAAGAGAAACAACAGUCCAUCAUUACUUUAAGACAUGAAGGUCAGUCAAAACGGAUAGUUUCUUCAAGUGCAGUCGCAAAAACCAUCAAGCGCUAUGAUGUAACUAGCUCUCGUGAAGACCGCCACAGGAAUAGAAGACCCAGAGUUACCUCUGCUGCAGAGGAUAAGUUCAUUAGAGUUACCAGCCUCAGAAAUUGCAGCCCAAAUAAAUGCUUCACAGAGUUCAAGUAACAGACACAUCUCAACAUCAUCUGUUCAGAGGGGACUGUGUGAAUCAGACCUUCCUGGUCGAAUUGCUGCAAAGAAAUCACUACUAAAGGACACCAAUAGAAGAAGAGACCUGCUUGGGCCAAGAAACACGAGCAAUGGACAUUAGACCGGUGGAAAUUUGUCCUUUGGUCUGGAGUCCAAAUUUGAGAUUUUUGGUUCCAACCGCUGUGUCUUUGUGAGACCCGUGUGGGUGAACGGAUGAUCUCUGCAUGUGUGGUUCCCACUGUAAAGCAUGGAGGAGGAGGUGUUAUGGUAUGGGGGUACUUUGCUGGUGACACUGUCUGUGAUUUAUUUAGAAUUCAAUGCACACUUAACCAGCAUGGCUACCACAGCAUUCUACAGCGAUUCACCAUCCCAUCUGGUUUGGGCUUAGUGGGACUAUCAUUUGUUUUUCAACAGGACAAUGACCCAACACACCUCCAGGCUGUGUAAGGGCUAUUUUACCAAGAAGGAGAGUGAUGGAGUGCUGCAACAGAUGACCUGGCCUCCACAAUCCCCCGACCUCAACCCAAUUGAGAUGGUUUGGGAUGAGUCGGACCGCAGAGUGAAGGAAAAGCAGCCAACAAGUGCUCAGCAUAUGUGGGAACUCUUUCAAGACUGUUGGGAAAGCAUUCCACUUUUGACUGGUAGUGUACAGUCUUGGCUCUAAAGGUCCUCUGUAGCUCAAUUGGUAGAGCAUGGUGCUUGUAACACCAGGGUAGUGGGUUCGAUCCCCGGGACCACCCAUACAUAAAAAUGUAUGCACACAUGACUUUAAGUCGCUUUGGAUAAAAGCGUCUGCUAAAUGGCAUAUUAUUAUAAAGGAUGAGACACAGCAUUCCUGGGCCAGAUGCAAAAGAAAGACAGACAUGCAGACGGUUUGACAGACAGGCGAAUGGACACACACACACACUCAGGAGAUGGAGAGUUUUAAGGUCUUUGAGUAACAGAUUGCUUUAAAGGGAAAACAGGAGGCUGUGUGUGAUGGCAAGCCGGUCCAGUUCCUGUUGCCACAGUAACACUUUUGUGAAGGGCCAUAAACACAGCCCACUCCACACACACACAUAAAUUCAACAUGAGCCUCCACCCCCUGAACAUACUGCCACACUACCGCCUGACAGCCUGAGGAGAGAGGGAACACACUUCAGUAUGCCUACUGCUUACUCUUCACAAAAAAAGGCCUUGGAAAAGAAGUAAAUGUUGGUCUCAGCAGUGGGUGGAUUAAAGGAGGAGUGGAUGACAGAGGAAUGGGCAAUGGCUGAAUGUGGAUCUAUCUCUGAGGGCAGAGUGCAGAAGGACUGGAGGCUGGGCUCCACAGAUACCACAGCCCACUGACACACUGUUGAAGGCAGUGCCUGGACCUCCUCCUCCUCUCAGAACUCCCUCUGCCUGCCUACUACAGCACCACUAGACUCUCUUGUCUGUCAGCCUCGUGCUCUUUUUUCUACCCAGAACAAUAGAGGGGGAUUGCCGUUCCACAAAGACCACAGCAGAAGCAACACAGACCAACAGACAGGCAGGCAGGUGUGCUCUGCUCUCUGGCAUGCUCCAACGCAGCUGGGUCUCUUCAGCCAUUAGUGGAUCAGCCGACUCCUGCCUCCUGCCAUUCUUAGAUGAUAUGACUGGGAUCCUCCUGGACCUACAGCGCAAAGGGAAGGGAACUCUGCCGCUACCUCGCCAA